AACAACAACAACAACAACAGCAACAAUAAUAUUAAUAAUAAUAAUAAUAAUAAUAAUAAUAAUACUGGCUGCCGUUUCGGUGUUGAUGGCAGUGUUCACGGAAUACAACAACGGUGGAACCGUCUUCUGUACUUGUGGCAUUUAUAGGAAUUACAUUGACUGCUGCUCGCGGACGAAGUGACGCUUGGUGUUCACGACCCGGCCAAGAUGACCACAAGUGUCCAACAACAACAGCAGCAGCAGCAACAGCAGCAACAACAACAACAGCAACAAUCGCAAAAGGAGGGUAAACAGGGGUCCAGUCGGAUACCUGUGGCACGAGUAAAUAGCAGUGGCAGCUGGGACACUAUACUACCUGAGGACCUCGACGACGCUUUACACCCACCCCUCGCUGACGACUCGGGGGCCACCACGGAUAGAGCUCAGGUACGAAACCCUUUCUUGCGUGGGGAUGGGCAUAUAGUUGAGAGAAUUGGUACCAGAAUUUUAUUUGCAUUUAAUUCAUUAAAUUCAUGGUCUGUGAAAGAAGAAUGGAAAAAAAAAAUUGGAGCUGAAUUCCACGGAUUUUUGCACUGCAGUUUGUUUGGCAUCAAACUAUACAUGAUGUUUGCAUCAAAUAUGCACCAGUUCCUAUAUGCAUUCUAUGAACACCAGUUCUUGCAUGCAGCCAGUGAAUGUUCACCAAUUCUUUCAUGCAUCAUUUGUGCAGCAAAAGUAAUUGUGGUGUCAAAGGUUCAAACAGAUACAAACUUUCUCAUUGGGUGACUGUUUAACAUACGAAUAAAAAUCAAAACAAUCUGCAGUGUGAAGGGAAGUACAUAUUGGAUGAUGUAGUCCUAGAUAUACUUAACCCCUCACCUGGACAUAGACAAACAAAA